AUGCCCAUCCCUCCCAGAGUGCUCCCACCCCUCCCAGAGUGCUCCCACCCCUCCCAGAGUGCUCCCACCCCUCCCAGUGUGCUCCCACCCCUCCCAGAGUGCUCCCACCCCUCCCAGAGUGCUCCCAUCCCUCCCAGAGUGCUCCCACCCCUCCCAGAGUGCUCCCACCCCUCCCAGUGUGCUCCCACCCUCCCAGUGUGCUCCCAUCCCCUCCCAGUGUGCUCCCACCCCUCCCAGAGUGCUCCCACCCCUCCCAGUGUGCUCCCCCCCUCCCAGUGUGCUCCCCCCCUCCCAGUGUGCUCCCACCCCUCCCAGAGUGCUCCCAUCCCUCCCAGAGUGCUCCCACCCCUCCCAGAGUGCUCCCACCCCUCCCAGUGUGCUCCCACCCCUCCCAGUGUGCUCCCACCCCUCCCAGUGUGCUCCCACCCCUCCCAGAGUGCUCCCAUCCCUCCCAGAGUGCUCCCACCCCUCCCAGGUGCUCCCCCCUCCCAGAGUGCUCCCACCCCUCCCAGCGUGCUCCCACCCCUCCCAGCGUGCUCCCACCCCUCCCAGCGUGCUCCCACCCCUCCCAGCGUACUCCCACCCCUCCCAGUGUGCUCCCACCCCUCCCAGAGUGCUCCCACCCCUCCCAGAGUGCUCCCAUCCCUCCCAGUGUGCUCCCACCCCUCCCAGAGUGCUCCCACCCCUCCCAGAGUGCUCCCAUCCCUCCAGUGUGCUCCCACCCCUCCCAGAGUGCUCCCACCCCUCCCAGAGUGCUCCCAUCCCUCCCAGAGUGCUCCCACCCUCCCAGAGUGCUCCCACCCCUCCCAGAGUGCUCCCACCCCUCCCAGCGUGCUCCCAUCCCUCCCAGAGUGCUCCCACCCCUCCCAGUGUGCUCCCACCCCUCCCAGAGUGCUCCCACCCCUCCCAGAGUGCUCCCAUCCCUCCAGUGUGCUCCCACCCCUCCCAGAGUGCUCCCACCCCUCCCAGAGUGCUCCCAUCCCUCCAGUGUGCUCCCACCCCUCCCAGAGUGCUCCCACCCCUCCCAGAGUGCUCCCAUCCCUCCCAGAGUGCUCCCAUCCCUCCAGUGUGCUCCCACCCCUCCCAGAGUGCUCCCACCCCUCCCAGAGUGCUCCCAUCCCUCCCAGAGUGCUCCCAUCCCUCCCAGUGCUCCCACCCCUCCCAGAGUGCUCCCACCCCUCCCAGUGUGCUCCCACCCCUCCCAGAGUGCUCCCACCCUCCCAGAGUGCUCCCAUCCCUCCAGUGUGCUCCCACCCCCUCCCAGAGUGCUCCCACCCCUCCCAGAGUGCUCCCAUCCCUCCCAGAGUGAUCCCACCCCUCCCAGAGUGCUCCCACCCCUCCCAGAGUGCUCCCAUCCCUCCCAGUGCUCCCACCCCUCCCAGAGUGCUCCCACCCCUCCCAGUGUGCUCCCACCCUCCCAGUGUGCUCCCACCCCUCCCAGUGUGCUCCCAUCCCUCCCAGUGCUCCCACCCCUCCCAGUGUGCUCCCACCCCUCCCAGUGUGCUCCCACCCCUCCCAGUGUGCUCCCAUCCCUCCCAGUGUGCUCCCACCCCUCCCAGAGUGCUCCCACCCCUCCCCUCCCAGCGUGCUCCCAUCCCUCCCAGCGUGCUCCCAUCCCUCCCAGCCCGCCCCGGUGCUAACCGCCCCGGUGCUCUCACACCGGUCGCCGUGUGGCGGUGA